AUGUAUCCCAAAAGUUCUGGCUCUACUUCCCCCAUAAGCUUCAACAUGGAAACGUCUCUUACCACUUCUUCUGGUCAGAGGGCAGAAAUGAGCACCCUAGAAGCCAAUCAGUACUUGCAUUCCCAGCUGGAAAAAACCAAACAGAACUUCCGAGACCUUACAGAGAAGUACUUCACAUCCACAGCUACUGCCUUCUGUCUGGCCAACUGCCUGCAGAAAUACAAGUGUGAAGAAUACAAAGACCUCAUCGCAUCGGUGCUGGAAGAGGAGCUGCCCUUUGAGCAAGGGGAGCUGGUAGAGGAGAGGAGACCAACUGCAUGGCUCGGGAAAUAUGAUUUGCUAAUUCAGGCUCAAGCCCAAGAACUGACCCACUUACAGCAGAUAAUCCAGGAAGGGAGAAGUGCCUGCUACCUUUUCACCCAGCAUGUGAAGAACACAGUCGAGUCUUUUGAGAGUCUCCUCAGGAACACCGACAUUGCCCACUACCAGGGGCAGAGACUCUGUGAGCAACUGGUCCAAGGAGGCCAGCUGGCGGAGAGCCUGGCCAGCAAACUCACGACCGAAAAUCAUAAUGGUAAGAAGAAUGAAGACACACAAGAGCUACUGGCUCUCAGGCUCAGCAGGGAUCUCCAGGAAGAGGCACUAAUGGACUCACUAGAUGAACAGUAUUUGACAUGUUCCAGCCACAGUGAUUCCCAGCAGCCUCCCAGCAGCAAUGUUUUCCUGUUUGAUGCACAGGAGGCCACCUCUGCUCUGGAUGUAGCCAAAGAUGAAAUCCAGAACCUGCAGCAGCACCUGAAAGAAACUCUUUUCAUCAAUGACUGCCUGCGAGAAAAGUUGGAAUAUCAUUUCAGCAUCUUUGACCAAAGAAAUGGAUACAACUCUGACCUCUACAGGCAGAUCCUAGAUUCCAUUGCCCAGCUGUGUGAUGAAAACAGAGUCGUCUGGGAAGAAUACCAGAGACUUCCUGCUUGUCUGAGUUGUACUUCUAGAGGUAACAACUAA